GAUUGUUGGAAAGAUUAGCAUCCACUCUUCUGGUGCUCGGGGGACGGACUAUGGCGCAGGGAUGGAAUGAGGCUAUGAAUGAACUUCUAAUCGAAAUUCGAUUUGAUCGAGGGUUUAACUGGUAAUAUGUCCAUAAUCAAUCUGCUUCAUCCGAUGCACGUGGUACAAAUCUAUCUGAAAACAUCCAUGUGACACAGUGAGGAUAAAAUUCUGUGUGGAUAAUUCUGUGGAUACUUGUAAAUUCUAGCAGAUCAAGAAUGCAAUACAAUCAACAGACAGUUACCGAAAACGGUCAAUCCAGACCACAGCAAACCAGGACGACCAGGCUGCAAGGUCAGCAAUCAUAUCGCCGUCAACAGUCUUCCAGUUCCAUGACUUCCACCAGUCGAGACGUAAACAGCAAUCUUCGAGGGCCACGGGAGCAUAGUUCAGCCCCUCGUCCCCUCAGUAAAAAUAGGGCCGCUGGUCGAAUGCAACCGAUACCAGGGAGUUUACCAGGGAAAAAGGGACCAUUUGUAUACCAACAGCCGCCUCAGCUGCAUCAACACCAGCAUCCUCCUCAACAAGCCUCCUUCCAGUAUCCUGGGUUGAUGCAGCCUCCAAAUCACCGGCAGGCCCUUCAUCCAACUAUUGAUCAUGCUGCGUUUUCAGUCCCUCCGCCAGGAAUUCCAAUGCAACAAAGCGAUCCGAGAUCACAACGAUGGGGAAAAGAAACGGAGUCUUCAAAACGUGCCAAAAUCAGAGCUUCUUCAUAUGACAAAAGAAAUCAACCCGAAGAUGGCCUGGAGCGUGUACAAUUAACUGUUGAUUACGGCGUCAAGAAGGCUCAUCAACAUCCGGAAUUCGCUAUACCGAAGUCAUCCCUGGACAAUUUACUUGGCAUUGAACAUCAUAAACGAGAGAUUCAGCUGGGUUCCAGUGCCAUGGAAAUGUGUCAUGCCGCUCCUAUCGGUCCCCGACACAUACACAGGCCAAUGAUGCGCGGCCUAGUUGGUCGACCAACAGAUGAGCACGACAAAUCCGAUACCGCAAUGUCUGUGCUCACCCCGUUUCAGCAGAGCUGCAUUCGAUCUUUAGCCAGUAUGAGUGUUUGUCCGCACACCAUUCUGCCUAUAACCGUGGGAAUGUUCACUCGAUCUUUCAUGAUGGAAGAGAACAUUUUCCUACAAGCUCUCAGUGAGGAAAUAUCCAAUAGGAUGGCCUCGAACCCACUGUACCAACGAAACAAUAGAAUCGAGUUCACCAUGUGCACCAGCCUGCUUCCGUUAUUCGUCUCCAUUCUGAUUGGCUACAUCCUCGGCCUGGCUCUCGGUUGGCAACUGGGCAUUGCGGUUGCUGUGACAGCGCUGAUCAUAUACAUCAUCACUGUUUGCAUCAUCGUUGUCGGAAUCGGUGCUAAACGGUCGACAAAAUCAGCGCGGUUUGCUGAAACAGUCUCCCGAUAUAUGCGUGGUUGCAAUCUGAUUCUGAACAUAUUGUUUUAUCGCGCACCUCCCAGUCCUUCAGUUGCUCAACCUGUCAGGCUUUUGCCGAUCAGUCUGAAUUUGGCCGGCUGUGUCAGUGGGGUAGACGCCGCGGCUUUGAUGACGGAAAAAAUGUGGCAGUUCAUCGAGCAGAAAUACGGAAAAAUUGCUGUGCGAAUGCAGUGGGCAAGCAAAGAUGCUUUCGGCGAAUCUACACAAACAUUCCGAAAAUUCUGCUGUCUUCCACUUUGGUUUUGGCUUUCCUCCACGCUACUCACUGCUCUGACUUUGGCAACACUGAUGGCUUUCGCGCCACUUUCUGUAAGUGAUAUGGGCUCUGUUCAGGCAUCCGGAGUCACCAAAGCUCCCCCAACCGAUCUAGACAUGGACAGCCACGUGCAAGCAGGCCGAAUUCACAAUGCAGCGAUUGUCUGUGCCAUCUUCUCCGCACUGAGUUUUCUGAUUUUAUGUGCAGCAUCUGUGCCAUCCCUGAUCAACCUUAUUCAAGGGCGCCCUUUUCAACGCAAACACCAACGACUUUGUUACAAAGCAGGUGGAAAACUGGGAGAACCUCCAAUGGAUAUGUGUUACGGUAUGACUGGUGGACGCUUCGAUCCGAUGGCAUGCGUACGAAUGGACGGCCCAUGUAACGCUCGGUACGCUUCCAAUCCAAGUCGAGCGGCAUUUCAUUUAAACCAAGAACUAACAUCCGCCGCAACCGUGGCCGCUGCAGCAGCCGCCGCUGCGGUAACAGCGGCUGCAGACCAGAAGUGGCGGUUAUUUUCACAUUCGCACAAUCGGACUAACGGAAACCCAGGUGGGACUAAGGUUAGAGUCGAUAAACCUCGACUGGAUGCCACAGAUGUCGAGAGUCAAGUCAGUCAAUCUGCUACCAGUGAUGACGAUGUGGACGACGGGUCGGAAAGCAGUGAGAAGGGAGACGAUUCCUCGGAUAUUCAAACCCAAUUCCAAAAUAAUGUCAAUUUAUGCGAAUCAGGAGAGCUUCUACUCAAAGGAGAUCAAAAGCGGAAGAAAGGUAAUGCAACAAGUAAUCAUCGACAUGGCUGUGACAAAAAAUCCAUGAAAAGCACCGCAGAAGCUCAACAAAAUCUGUCUAAAUGGAAAGAGUUAAUCCGAAAGGGUCUAAUGGAGGCGUGUAAAGUUUUAUCAAUGAUCGACAGUCGUAUUGGUAAACGACAAACGCGCAUUGUCCUCUGCAUCACUGGAACCGGCUGUCCCACCUCCCCGACAAGUACAAUCAUCAAGCUGGCCACCUUCAUACGUUUGGUUGAUCGUCUGUUGAUGCAACCUCCUGAAGGUGGAACAAGCGGAGAUGUAACUGUGAUGUUGGAGCCUAGUGCGAAGAAGCCCACGAGUGGCAAGGCUGAAGGAAAGCCAACUUCAACCUCCAAAUUAUGGACACCAAAUGUGAUUGUCUUAGUCGCUGCCUCAGUCCCAUCUUCACUGAAUCCAACUGCUAGUCAACUUAUGGCUAAUCCACCACCGCUCAAAUCGCAGCAUUUUGUGCGUGAACCUCCAUCCGCUUUGAUGGGUCAACAUCCAUCUACAUGGGCUAAUUUCAAGUUGUGGUGGUCUGUGCAUCAUUUUUGUCACUUGCCACUCUACCUGGAGGACGAACCAAUUGGAGCUCGGAUUAAUGGGCCAAUCAACCUUCAUCAGCUCCCAUCGAUCACCAGUCCGUCCAUGUUUCCGUUACAGACAACUCAGUACCUACCGACAAACAGCACCUUACUGGAUGUUUAUGCUGGAAUACAUGAGCUGGCCGACUUGAACACAAAAUACCUGCGACAAUUGCUCACAAUGUCUGCUUUUAUGGGAAGAAUGCUCAAUAUCGAGAGACUGAGUGUGGAACAACAGGGGAUGAUUCGCAUUCCAGCUCACGCACUACCAGGCUCAGCAAGCUAUCUGCCAACGCUGGCUGUCCUAGUCACGUGGUUAUGUCUGAUACAACACUGGCCGUUCCAUGCAGCAUGGCUCGCAUUGUUCAUCGAAGAACAUUUUCGAAGUGAAAUGGGGCAAGACGGUCCAUCCAGGUCACACGAUGCCAUGACGUUCAGCCAAUCACAGAGGCGUAUAAGUGAGGAGACGCCAGCCAAUGGACAGCGGACACCACAAUCGGACCCGCUGCACUGGAACAGUGAUCUAGCCCAACUUCAUAAUCGUGUCUUAAGAAGACUAGCUCCAGCUGUGGAGACCGCGCGCCAGAAAGCGCUCUCAGCUUCCAUCGGGACGAUGCAUUCAGGCAUGGAUUUCCCCAGCCGACACCUGCCCAGCUAUCCGCCACAUGUGAUGAGUACCCUGGAUAUCUGUGACCUGGCCCUUCGUGACCGAGAUCCCAGACGAUUGGCCAGAUUCCUACGCAGCACGGCAACGCAAAUGAACACUAGUCAAGAAGUCACUGAUCCUACUGCCGCGGCUACCGCAGGGUUCAGCUCACUUUUUGCUGCUGGUCACAUAACCGUUGGUCAGUUACUGAGGGUGAUGAAACUAACUCCAUUCUUGAAUCCGCAAAUAUCCCAGUGGAUCAAAGACGUGCUUCUGACAAAAGUAAACAUGAGCGAAAGUAUGGUUGAAGAAAAAUCCGGCGGAGCUACCCCAGCUGAAGUGAGAUCUCAGUCGUUGGAUUCCAGUAAGCGUAUCUCAUCCAGCGGACAACAACCAAAGACGGACGAAAUCAAGAGAUGUCAUCCCUCCAUGACCACUGCGAGCACGGCUCCCGCUUGUCGCGUCAAAUUAAAGCAUGGAUUGCCCAAAAAGCAGUUGCAUCAAAUGACUAUCGAUGACAUAUGCAACUUGCUUAAGGACAUCGAGGAUUUAUCGGCUAACCAAACGUCUGCAAAAUCAAGAUCUCGCUACAAACUUGGAAUUAGCAAGGAACGGAGCAACUCCCGCGCGCAUAAAUUGGACAGAAAGGUUAGAACCAGUUCUAGUGAUUCGGAAACUCCCGUCAAUGAUCCUGCACCACCAGCCCCAACGUCAACUAGAGCAUCUCGAUCGGUUGUUGAACGGGUAAAGAAUAUGCCAAUCGGGAAAUAUGAGGAAAGAAUAAGACGAAUGAAUCUCACUGGGAAUGUGUUAACUAUAUGUUCAAUGGAUGAACUACAAAAAGAGCUAGGCAUGUCUUUUGGUGACUGGAAACUGUUCUCGACCGUGAUUGGUUAUUUAAGGUCACGUGAAGCAAACUCCACCAUAGAACAGCAUGGGACAACAUUGGUACAGGGACAGUCGGGAUCAGCCUACUUAUAUCAUACCCAAGAGUUUGAUCAUUCCGUGACAUCUAGAGAACGUCAGAAUAUUAUCAGUACGGUGAGCGAUACUAGUAUUGCCCUAACUGUAAAGAGUGCACCGCUAAGUGAAGAAGCACACCCCAUAAAUUCUGCCACUCCGAAACCGGCCAAGUCAAUGUUGUCAUUAACAAGCACGCGACCAGUUGAUUAUUCUCACCGAUCAUCCGCUCCCUACAGGGUAGGAUCAGUAGAGCGACCCUUUGAUAAGAUGGCACCGACGGCACAACAUCAUUUUUGUCGUAGACAUAGUCUGAAAGCAUUGGCUCGCCAACAACAAAAUGUUGCCGCCGCACUCAGAGAACUUCCAACUGCUGCUUUUUGUCCAAGACAUCAGGAACAAGUACGAAGACUGGUUCACCAGGCAACACAUCACGAGGGACACAUUAACGAAAGGGUUUCAAGGGAACCUGGUCCAAGACAAUUAGAUGGCAUGUGUGAACAUCUGGGACAUCGCAGCCUACCUAGGGUUCACACAUGUGGAUACCACAAAGAGAAGCGUUCAAGAGACGGUUUGAUGCGAUCAGAGCAGAUCGCAUCUACUUCUUUAGAACAGUUAUCAAGAGCUGGAGCCCUAAACAUGAGCGGAAGUGUGGGCAUUCAUGGUAAUGGAAUACAGCCAACAACCAGCCAGAGAACCUCCACCCAUCUAGAGCGAAAACAUUCAAUUCACCGUCCUGGAAUGGUAGGCCAUGUUGGCUUGUCCACCUGUGGCCGAGGAAACCAGGGAACCAUGUCCGGAUUCCAAAAGCAAGCGAUUUAUCCCAGGGGUGACUCAGACAUUGCAGGAGCCAAUCAGUUUUCUGGGCACCAGAAACACACCGGUCAAGACCGUUUACCCACUCUAGUCAAUGGAAUCUACAAAGCGUCGCAUGCACACAUACUUCCGGAAGGAAGAAAUCUCGAAGCCCAUGAAACUAUCCCAAGAGAUUCUGCUUCCACGUCAUUGGCUGGAGAGAUGGCAGAAGAAGUUGCUGAGAUCAGCCCAACUCAUGUAAAUAACCAUAUCCACUCAACACACCAACAUCAGGAUGGAGUGGAUGGCUCAGAUAGCCAGUCUGCUCAUUCGUGUGAUUGCAACUAUUGGUAUUCACUUGAAGCUGCUGCUGCGACGGUUCCCGUACAACUUCGUCGCCCAUCUAAUCAAAUUGUCCCUCCAAACGCAAUAUCUCCUUGUACGAAGUGCAAUUCGCCAACUGAUAAUUCAAUUUCAGAUAGCUUGAGUACUACCCGAAGUCAACUUGACGUGAGUUCCGGAACGACAUCGGGUUGCACGUCCACUGGAACUUCCCUAGAACGCGUUGAUCAAGUGGCAUCUUAACUUUCAUGGCUCUUUCAAACUGUGGCUUCGUAGGGUCAGUAACAGUAGGGACUUGUUCACGAAGGACGGUCUCAUCCUCAACCCCCAGACUGCACUGAAUUACUUAAAUUGUACAUCUGCGGAUUCUUCUAGAAGGUUUUAUCAGACACGUGCUUAUUUGUACAUGUCUAUGUUUACUUUCUUGUUUAUUUUUGUUUUAAAUACCGUUAGGUGUGUUGUGCUGUUCUGCAAACUGUCCACCCCACCUCUCGGUCUUACAACCGGAAUAUUUUACCUUCAACGCGCCUGACUGCGAUAACGCCAAAGUAGUAUUCGUUUUUCUGUUUUUACUUUGUCGGAUAUAAUGUGCAAGAAUGACUCAACACUGCGGUAUUUCUAGGGCUCCUUUGUCUUGCUGUCUGACCUGUACUGGCAUGACUAGCGAAGGAAAUUUCUGUGUAUAGCUUAGUCUGGUAUGUGUCCGUGGAGAAAUAACAUCAUUUCGUGUGUUGUGGUUUGAAUCUGGAGAGUUCGAUCAAUAGAU